GGCAGCCUACGGGUUGCCUCUGGAUUACUGUAACGCUUAACGAUUAUAUUGACCUAAUGAGCUUGGGGUCACUGAAAUAAGCAUACAUCAUGUUUCAGAUACUCUGUGGUAAAGCAAGCGUCGCUGCUCCAGUACGGUCAUUGUCGUUGUACACGCGAUGUAAUAAAACAGCAGACAUAUGGAAACUGUCACGGUGGUAUAUAUCUCCAGGAUCUAAUGGAUACAGCUCCUCACAACAGCCUGGAAAUGCUGUCAGUCGUAUUUGGAGCCUUACUCAGAGAGCUGUCCGCCAGUCUGCCACCCAAACAUCCAAACCCCCAGGAGUGGCUCUUAAGUUCAUCCUGGGACCAGCAGUACUCACUGUGUCUGCACGACUGUUUUGCCAUGUAGCUUACUGCGAGGCAGAUGUGAAUAAUAACACCCCAGUGGAAGUUGUAGCUAAAAGCCCUGUGCCUGAGUUCAAAUGGCACAUCCUGUGGGAAUUUGUCAAACCUCAGUUCUUUGCUCUCAUCGGGGCUGUUGUGCUUGCUUUUGGUGCAGCUAUCUUGAAUAUUCAAAUCCCCCUGAUACUUGGGGAUCUGGUGAAUAUUGUGGCACGUUAUCUGAGAGAACACACUGGGAAUUAUGCCCAUGAGAUAAGAGGUCCUGCCAUGAAACUGCUCGGACUGUAUGGUAUCCAAGGCCUGCUGACAUCUGGCUACAUUAUCCUGCUUUCAAAGGUGGGAGAGAGAGUGGCAGCAGACAUGAGAAAGACCCUUUUUGCAUCCUUACUGAGGCAAGAUGUGGCGUUCUUUGAUGCCAAUAAAACUGGGCAGCUGGUGAAUCGUUUGACUACAGACAUUCAGGAGUUUAAGUCAUCCUUUAAGUUGGUUAUCUCUCAGGGCCUGCGUAGUCUUACACAGACAAUUGGAUGUUUUGUCUCUCUCUACAUCAUCUCCCCUAAACUCACAGGUUUGACAGUAGUUGUCCUUCCCUGUCUAGUGGGAGCUGGUGCUCUCAUCGGCUCAUUCCUCCGUAAACUAUCUCGUCUGGCUCAAGAACAGGUGGCAAAAGCAACAGGAGUGGCAGAUGAGGCGCUUGGCAAUGUGCGAACAGUGAAAGCUUUUGCCAUGGAGGAGCGGGAGCUCCAGUUAUAUUCACAUGAAGUUGACAAAUCGUGUGAAAUGAAUGAAAAUCUUGGUGCUGGAAUAGCCGUUUUCCAAGGACUGUCAAACAUUGCCCUGAAUUGCAUUGUUCUGGGAACUAUUUUUGCUGGAGGGACUUUAAUUUCUAGCAACGAAUUGUCCCCUGGAGACCUCAUGUCUUUCCUGGUUGCUUCCCAGACUGUUCAGAGGUCCUUGGCCAGUAUCUCUAUCCUUUUUGGACAGGUGGUGAGAGGAAUAAGCUCUGGGGCCCGGGUAUUUGAAUACCUUGCUUUGGAGCCAACCAUCCCACUCUCUGGGGGAGGACGCAUCCCGUACCAUUCUCUGACAGGAAGAGUGGACUUUAUGAACAUUUCAUUCAGUUAUCCGACAAGACCUGGCCAUCAGAUUUUAAACAAGUUCAGCUUGACGCUGCCUCCGUCUAAAACUGUUGCCAUUGUUGGAGAAUCUGGAGGAGGAAAGUCCACAGUGGCGUCCUUGCUAGAGCGUUUCUAUGACCCGACCAGUGGUGUAAUCAUGCUGGACGGACUUGACAUCCGUACACUUGACCCAUCCUGGCUCAGGGGACAAGUUAUUGGAUUUAUUAAUCAGGAGCCGGUUUUAUUCGGAUCAUCUGUCAUGGAGAACAUCCGCUUUGGGAAGCCUGAGGCCACAGAUGCUGAGGUCAUUAAUGCAGCCAAGCAAGCCAAUGCUCACCGCUUCAUUACAGGUUUCCCAGACGGCUAUAACACUGUGGUUGGUGAGCGAGGUGUGACAUUAUCAGGUGGGCAGAAACAGCGCAUUGCCAUCGCCCGUGCCCUGAUCAAGAACCCCAGCAUCCUGGUGCUGGAUGAAGCCACCAGCGCCCUGGACGCAGAAUCAGAACGAGUGGUGCAGGAGGCUCUGGACAGGGCCACAAGGGGUCGCACUGUGCUCAUCAUUGCCCACCGGCUGAGCACCAUUCAAGGGGCUGACCUCAUCUGUGUCAUGAGUAAUGGCCGUAUUGUGGAGGCUGGGACUCAUUUGGAACUGCUGAGCAAAGGAGGACUUUAUUCUGAUCUGAUCCGCAGGCAAAGAACUGAGGGACAGAAAUGAACACUGCAAAAUGCGUUUACUCUAAAUCUAUAAUAAAUAAUAGGGUUUAUUUUUAAAUUAAUAGGGGAGGCUUGCAUGUACAUGAUGAAUGAUAGAUAAUGUAUUGCAAAUUUACCAGCUCCAUGUCUACUUUUAUGACAAACUCUCAAAGUUCUGUAUGUAAAUGUACUGUAUAAGUGGACCAACUGGAUCACCCUGUGAUGUUUAACAAACUACACGAUUGUACAGUCUUUACCUCAAAUGAGAAUUUCAUUUCUGUUUUCUCUUAUACUGUAUAGAAUGAAAAAUUAUAAUG